AUGGUUCACGUACAUUGGCUUUCGCUACUCUUGGGUAUUUGUUCCAUUAUCUCUUCUGGUCAAGCCUUGGGUUGCUGGCGGAAUACGUCUUGUACGGGCCCUGAGAAGGCCGCAUUCGAUGGAAUUUGGGAAAAGAAUAUCUACGCGCCUUCAUCACGAACAGUCCAACCUGAAUCGAUUCUUUCGGAUUUGAAAACCAAAGCCACCACAGACAACUCCCAUCCUGAUACGGCGACAUUUCAUGGCAAUGGAUCUCUUGUGGUAUUUGACUUUGGAAAAGAGGUCGGUGGUAUUGUCCAUUUGAACUACACAGCAACAGGCAGCGGAGCAUUGGGGAUAGCUUUCACGGAAGCAAAGAAUUGGAUCGGCGAAAAUUCAGACGACUCCAACGCCUUAUGGCAUGAUGGUGCAUUAUAUGCCAACUUCACAUCCGCGGGCCACCACUCGUAUUCCAUGCCUGAUGGAAAAAUCCGUGGUGGCUUUCGAUAUUUGACGAUUUUCCUGAUAACAGAAGACUCGGCAAGUGUAACGAUAAACAAUUUACAGCUUGAAUUGGGAUUUCACCCAACUUGGUCGAAUCUACGGGCAUAUCAAGGAUAUUUCCAUUCCAGCGACGAGCUUUUGAAUCGCAUUUGGUAUACCGGUGCCUACACCCUCCAAACCAAUCAGGUCCCUGUUGAUACUGGUCGAGUGACUUCCGGCGUCACCUCUGGGUGGCUUAACAAUGGCACUUUAGGUCCUGGAGACACAAUCAUUGUUGAUGGUGCCAAGCGUGAUCGUGCUGUCUGGCCUGGAGAUAUGGGCAUUGCUGUUCCAUCAACGUUCGUCAGCCUUGGGGAUUUAGAUAGUGUGAUGAACGCAUUGCAGGUGAUGUAUAAUACUCAGGACAAGUCGACGGGCGCUUUCGACGAGUCGGGGCCACCACUUAGCCAAACGGGAUCAGACACCUACCACAUGUGGACAAUGAUCGGAACCUACAAUUACGUUCUAUAUACGAAUGAUACAGACUUCCUAGUCGAAAAUUGGGACGGAUAUCUUCUUGCUAUGCAAUUCAUUUAUGACAAGGUGACUUAUCCAAGUGGACUGUUGAAUGUGACUGGUAUUCGGGACUGGGCUCGUUGGCAACAGGGUUAUAACAACUCCGAAGCACAGAUGAUCCUUUACCACACCUUGAACACUGGCGCGGACCUUGCUAAAUGGGUCGGCGACUCAACUGGCCUCUCCAGCACCUGGAUCUCAAGAGCUGAGAAACUGAAAGUAGCCAUCAAUGAAUAUUGCUGGGACAGUUCAUAUGGAGCAUUUAAAGACAAUGCUACCGAUACUACAUUGCACCCCCAAGACGCCAAUAGCAUGGCCAUACUUUUCGGCGUUGUCGACGAGGAGAGGGCUCAGAGUAUUUCCGACAAACUUACCCGAAACUGGACUCCAAUUGGAGCCGAAACACCUGAGCUCCCCGAAAACAUUUCACCUUUUAUAUCCUCCAUGGAGAUUCAGAGUCAUUUUCUUGUCCAAAAGCCUGAACGGGCACUAGAUCUCAUUCGACGGAGCUGGGGAUGGUAUAUCAACAAUACAAACGGAACAGAGAGCACUGUCAUUGAAGGAUACCUCAUCAAUGGAACCUUCGGAUAUCGUGGUAGUCGAGGUUAUUAUUAUGAUACCUCCUACGUAUCCCAUUCACAUGGAUGGUCCUCGGGUCCAACAUCCGCGUUGACGAACUAUAUCGUUGGCCUUUCAGUGACAUCACCCGUUGGUCUCACUUGGGAUCUUUCACCCCAAUUCGCAGAUCUUGAAUACGCUGAAGCAGGGUUUGUAACAUCCCUUGGGAAAUAUCAAUCAUCUUGGACGAAGAGCAAGAACGAAUAUGUUGUUAACUUGACAGUUCCAAAGGGAACAUCUGGCACCGUUACCCUGCCGUAUGCAACUGAAAAUAAGAAGCCGACAAUUACUAUCAAUGGCGUCUCCAUAAGUCGGGGAGUGACAUAUGAGAAUGAGGCAGCAUCAUUUGCUAUUGCUAGUGGUGGCUCUCAUAAAAUCGUCGUCCGGUGA